AUGGCGGAGUUCAUGGGUGUAACACAACCAAAAAGGAAAGAUAAACAGCCCGCAUACCAAGAGGGAAUGCCCGUUUUAGAACGUAUACAAGAUGAGGGCCCAUCAUCGAGACCAACCAUCCGAGAUAUAAACUCCUUGCGGAGGACGAAUUGGACGGAAGAAAUUCCAGUAAUUAAUUUAGAGACUUCAAGUCAAAGAACCGUCCCCGUUCGACAAGAAACGGAGGAAGAACAACCCAGAGUAAGAGUUGUAGGUAGAAAUGAACAUCCAGAUGGGGUUGUUCAAAGAGUCAGAAGGGAAAAUCUGGCCACAGAGAAUAACUUGACUGCUAUGAUAGAAAGGUGCUUAGUUGAGAUGGCUGGUAGAAACGAUGCCGCGAUUGCUGCUGCUUUGGAGGCUAUGGCUCAGGUUCUGGCAAAUCAACCAAAUGCCGAUGAGAAUGCUGGAUCUCGUAGUUUGGCGACCUUCCAGAGGGAGAAUCCGCCAAUCUUCAAAGGAAAGCAUGACCCUGAUGGCGCAUUGGAAUGGUUGAAGGAGAUUGAGAGGAUCUUCCGUGUGAUGGAUUGCACUCCAGCGCAAAAGGUUCGUUAUGGUACUCACAUGCUAGCAGUCGAAGCUGAUGAUUGGUGGCUAGACACUCGCCAGAGAUUGGAGGUGGCAGGUGAAGAGAUCACUUGGGUUGUGUUCCGUAGGGAAUUUCUGAGAAAGUAUUAUCCUGAAGAUGUUCGGGGUAAGAAAGAGAUUGAGUUUCUUGAACUCAAACAGGGGAAUAUGUUCAAUGGUGGCUGGGAUUGCAGACGAACAGGGAAGAACGAAGCUGAAGCGCGCGUGUUUUUUUUUCGAAUUCUUGGACUCGACAUUUUAUAUAUUGUUUGUUGA